AUGGAUGUUCAGCUUUUCAAACUCGGUCUGCUGUUUCAAGUUGGUCGGAUCGCCGAAGCCUGUGGCCUAAGCGCGCUGGUGCACCCAGCAGACUCGGGCGCAGUGGGCCUGCUCUUUGCAGCGCUCGGGCUGGUGGGUCUCGUCGGAGCCUGCGGACUCGCUCCCCUGUUGGUGUUGGUGAAAAGGAUACGGCCACAAAGCCUCUGGGUAAACCGAACGGGAAUAGAAAACGGUGCUGCUGUUGUCAUGGAUCUUGGCGAAGAUGCCGAUUUUGGGGUUCAUGACUUGCAGCAGCAGCAGCAGCAGCAGCACAGACGGCUGCUGCUGCUGCUGCAACGCCGCGAAGGAGCUCAGCGGGCGGCACCCAGACGGUUUACCCGGCUUUUGGACUUGAGCAACGUGCUUCGGUUUCGGCUUUUAUAUAUCAUAGGCGUAACGUUGGCGGCUUCAAAACUAGCACUUUGCGGAUCUGCAGUAGAGGGCACCCAGCUGGUGCUCCUCUGUGAUCAAACUGGUCUCGCCUUGCUCCGGGCGCUGACGCUCUGCUGGCGAUACAGACAACGCUCCAUCCUCCUUCAUGACGCAAUUGCUGCUUUGGUGUCAGCUGUGGUGCUGAUGGCGCUGAUGCUCUGGGAAUGCUUCCGGGAGCCGUGCGAUUACAUUGCCAGCAAGGCCACGGGCAACAGUACGCUCUGGGGAGAUGUCACCGACAAAGCGCUCCUGGGUAUCGGUCUUCUGUAUAUUGCCCUCGCUCACUUUCUAGAGCAGCGCCACGAACAGGACAUGGCAGGAGAGCCCGGUGAAUACGCGCUGCUGUUGCGGCGACGGGAACGAGCACACCGACGCCUCAUCGCUACCACCGCAGCGCUAGUUCUCUAUGGACUCUUCCAUUUCCUGUUUGCGAUGCUGCCGACCAGACGCGUACCCAAAGAUUACCUCGUUGAUCAUUUACAAUCUCGAAGCAUCGCUCAAUUUAGUGUAUUCUUUUUUCGUUUGGGCGUGCUCAUCACCGCGGAUUGGUGUCUGGCGUGGUUCACGAGAAGCGCGCCCGGUGAGCCCCUGGAGCAGCUUCAGACCAUGACGCCGGUUUUGUUUGCAGCGCUCGUGUUUAUGUUAUUGUUCUUGUUUAACUUGGGUUUGCCAGAAACCGAGGCUUCCGCCUGUUGCUAUGAACUUCAUCUGUACUGGUUGACGGUGCCGAGUGCAAGCAUCCUAUCGUGGCUGGUGCAGCGCCUCCGCCAAAAAUCCGAUGCCACUCCGCAGCGACUGACGAGCAUUGCGGGUGAAGAGCGGAACCAUCAACUCCCGGAACCUGGUGAAAACGCUUCACAACUUUCGGGUAUGCGAACGAUUGCCGCGCACCGAUGUGCUCUGGAUCCGUGGAUGCCUAACCAGUGCCUCGAUAAAGGACGCGACGUAUUCGAUUCCGAGUUUUUCCGCGAAUACGACGUCGAGACGUCGUUUGACGCUCCUGGAUCACGUUGGCGGCACCACUGGUAUCGCUUUUUGGCUCAUGUGCGACACCAUCGAGAGGCACGGAAAAUGCUCUUCGCCUUGCUUUUGAACCUAUCAUAUGCAUCGAUAGAGUUUGUCUGUGGGAGCUGGUCGCACUCGUUGAGCCUGGUGUCGGACGCGGCACAUAUGCUGCUGGAUGCUUCCGCGCUGCUCCUGGCGUUGCUGGCUUCCUACGGAGCGGCACUUCCGCCAAGUCGCCGCUUUCCGUUCGGUCUUCAGCGGAUGCAAGUGCUUGCCGGCUAUACCAACGCUCUGGUGCUCAGCCUGGUUGCGCUCAACAUUGGGUUAGAGGCGCUGUGGAGGCUCGUGGAACCAUUGCCGCUCCAGGUGGAGCCGCUUUUGCCGGUAGCUUGUAUAGGUUUGGCAGUGAACAUCCUGGGACUGUGGUUGCUCCAUGAUCAUCAUGAUCAUCAUCAUCAUCACCUGAGAGAAUCUUGUUCUGCCGGUGCCCAAAACAUGGGGGCAGCGUACCUUCAUCUGCUUGCCGACACCCUCGGUAGCAUCGGGGUGAUCAUCACCAGUAUUCUAGUGCGCUACCAGGGACUCGCCUGGAGUGAUCCGGUCUGUUCGAUGCUAAUUGCCAGCCUCAUCCUCGUGACGACCAUGCCGUGCGUCCGUCAGUGCUACGAAUUGCUGGCGGGUGUCUACGCGGAGCGCCAGCAGAGGAAGCUCACUGCAGAGCUGUUCCAGCAUCCACUCCUGAGCGAUGGGCACACGGUAAUGCGUUCCCUGCGUAUCUGUUUUGUGACCUGGGAUAGGGCUUUGGUAACACUGCGUCUCGAGACGGAUGCGUGUUGUCGUCCCGAGACAAUACGAAGCUGGUGUCAACACGUCGUACUUGAGCGAGUUGGUCCACGAACCGAAGUAUUCGUGGAGAUUCAGAGACCGGACUGCGGUCGGUGGAUGCAUCGCUCGCAGGCUGGUGAUCGUACCAGCCAAGUCCGCGGCAUUCUCGCAGUGGCGCCUUAA